AUGUCACGGUAUCGAGCCUACGACAAGGAUGGAGAUGACGUCCCCGUCAUCCAAGACGCGCGUGUCGGCGGCGCAGGCUACGCCGACGACUCUCCCCCAGCCGACGCCGACUUCGCAGCCAUUGAUCCGCAAAGCGGCGUCAAGCGAGGUCUCAAGACACGGCAUCUGAGCAUGAUGGCCCUGGCGGGCAUCAUCGGGCCGGGCCUCCUGAUCGGCGCCGGCGGUGCCCUCUCCAACGGCGGACCGGCCGCCCUACUCAUCGGGUUCGGCGUCAUCGGCAUCAUCGCCUUUAGCAUCAUGCAAAGCCUGGGCGAGCUGACCACGUUGUACCCGAGCGGUGGAGCCUUCACCGGGCUGGCGGAUCGUUUUGUCGACAAGGCUUUUGGCGUCGCUCUGGGCUGGAAUUAUUACAUUAUCUGGAUGUGUGUUUUGGCAAACGAGUAUAAUGUGCUGUCGAGCAUUUUCGUCUUUUGGAGCGACAAAGUGCCCUUGUGGGGUUACUUUUUGAUCUUUUGGACGCUGUUCCUCGGGUUCCAAUUACUGGGAGUUGAGGCAUUUGGAGAAGCCGAGUUCUGGUUGGCUUUAUUGAAGCUGAUUGGCUUGGUCGCCUAUUUUCUCUUCUCGAUCAUAUACGCCGCCGGCGGAAUCCCAGGCCAAGAAGCCCUCGGCUUCCGCUACUGGCGCGACCCCGGCGCCUUCACCGACGGCUUCCGCGGCACCGCAAAGGUCUUUGUCUUUUGCUCCACCUUUUACGCCGGCGUCGAGUCCGUCGCCGUCGCCGCCACCGAGACCAAGAACCCGCGCGUCGCCGUCCCGCUCGCGAUCCGCCAGGUCUUUUGGCGCAUCCUCUUCGUCUACAUGGGCUCCGCCUUCUUCUUCGGCCUCACCUGCCCGGCCAACGCCGACGAGCUCGUCAACGGGGGCUCCCGCGCCGUCAAGAGUCCCAUGACGGUCGCCAUCCAGAAUGCCGGCUGGGAAGGGGGCGUGCACUUGAUCAACGCCUUCAUCUUUGUCACGUGUCUGUCUGCGUGCAACUCGUCCAUCUACAUCGGAUCCCGCACCCUCCUGUACAUGGGCCAGGACAAGAAGGCGCCCGAGAUCCUGGGCAGGACGGAUAGCCGCGGCGUGCCCAUUCCGGCCAUUGUGUUUACCAAUUUGUGCGGUGCGCUAUCCAUGAUGAACAUUAGCACCGGCGCCAGCAAGGCGUAUUCUUACAUUGUCAAUCUCAGCGGCGUGUCGACGUUCCUCGUCUGGGGCUCCAUCUCCUUUAUCCACAUUCGGUUCCGGCAAGCGUGGAAGGCUCAGGGCCACACAGAGAGCUCGCUGCCGUUCGUUUCGUUGUGGUAUCCCUGGAAUGCCUACUUUGGCCUGGCGGCCAACAUUUUCUUGGCGGUUGUGCAGGGCUGGACCACCCUCGCACCAUUCGAUGCCGGAUCCUUUGUGGACGCUUACAUCUUGUUACCCCUGUUCCCAAUCAUCUGGUUCGGAUACAAAUUCUGGUUCAAGACACACUUCUGGAGGGUGGGCGAGAUGGAUCUGAUGUCUGGCCGUCGACGCGAUCUGGACGAGUCGCGGGAGAUUGAGACUGGAGAACACGACCUGGAAAGACUACCUUGGUGGAGGCGGUUGCUCAAGAGUUUUUAA